AUGGGUGCGCAAGAACGCCUUGGCUUCCGUAACGCGGGCAGCUCGUCCAACGGGCCUAUUACGAGGUUCAGAAGCAAGCACCAAGUGUCGGCUCAAACCACGCUGCCCACCGACGAGCCAACGCUCACACGACAGGUUUGCGGUCCUGGAAAGCCGCAGACAACGGGACAGAGACAGAGGGCCUCGAGAAAGAGGGUCCUGAGAACGUGGGCCACGUGGGACCAGGUAGAGAUUCUGAAAACAAAGUUCAAGCAAAACCCUACACCAGAAGCCCCGGAACGGAAAAAGAUAGCGGAAGAGAUCAAAAUGUCCGAGGACGCCGAAAUACUCUCAGUCUGUCUCGGCCUUCCUAAGAAUCUCCAGAAAGAGACCGAAACGGAUAUGGGCCAGAAGUCUGCAGCACAGCAUCCCGCGGAGUCCCAGGCUGUUGAAGCCAUACCGGCAGGGGCUGAUGCCGGCUCGAACAUGCCAGAAAAGCACACGCCUUCCACGGCUACCACCGCAAUCCGAAUAGACCCGUCAUCGCUCAGCGCCUUCGACACGUCAAACCGUCCUACGCUCACGAUAAUGCGAUGUGGCUCGUUCCUACGUUCACGAUCGGAUGCGAGCGAUUUACACGCGGAGAAACUGUAA